UGAGUCCAAGAGUCACACACCAAGUGGGAGUAUAUGUUUGUGUGUGUGUGUAUACAGUAUGUGUGUGUCAGCUAAUGGGGGAAGGGGACAGGGCACCCUCAGGGAGAACAGAUAGGUAAACAAGUGCAGGGCUGCUUCACUUGCUCCGUCACACAGACAACAUACUCACUAAUGAUCUCAACGACAGCCAGCACAGCCGACAUGGUGACACAGGGCAAACUUCAGAUCAAUGACGCAGAGCAUGUCGAAGAUAAAAACUCAGGGAGGCUGGGAUGUUUCGGUUGGCUGUUGGUCCUCGUAUCUCUCCUCUUUAUAAUACCAACCUUCCCAGUCUCAUUUCUUCUGUGUAUUAAGAUAGUGAAGGAGUACGAACGAGCUGUCAUUUUUAGACUCGGCCGGAUCACAGACAGAAAACCUAAAGGGCCAGGACUUUUCUUUGUUCUGCCCUGCACUGAUACCUUUGUGAAAGUCGAUCUGAGAACUGUGUCCUUUGACAUCCCUCCACAAGAGAUCCUAACCAGAGACUCAGUGACAGUGUCUGUGGAUGGUGUGGUGUACUUCCGCAUACACUGCCCCAUCUCAUCUGUGGCCAAUGUGUCUAAUGCACACUCAUCUACACGGCUGCUGGCUCAAACGACCCUGAGGAAUGUACUCGGUACCAAAAACCUUGCAGAACUGCUAUCUGACAGAGAGGGCAUAUCACUCAGUAUGCAGGAAGCUCUGGAUGACGCCACCGAUCCGUGGGGCAUUAAGGUGGAGCGCGUGGAGAUCAAAGAUGUGAAGUUGCCUCAGCAGCUGCAGAGAGCCAUGGCAGCAGAGGCAGAAGCCAGCCGGGAGGCCAGAGCGAAGAUAAUUUCUGCAGAGGGAGAGAUGAACGCUUCCAGGGCUCUGAAAGAAGCCUCUCUGAUCAUUGCUGAGUCACCCUCUGCUCUCCAGCUGCGAUACCUGCAGACCCUCAACACCAUCGCAGGAGAGAAGAACUCUACCAUCAUCUUCCCUCUGCCCAUAGAUCUACUGCAGAAUUUUAUGAGGAAGUAGUGAUAUUCUUGUCAUAUAGUUACUGUUACAAGCUUAUGAGGUAUCUUUUUCAGAUGCUGUAUGGUCUAACAGGCUUAGUGUGUUAACUGCCGAACUGCACUCUGCAUUAUUACUUCUUAUAGAAAGUUGUCCUAUCUAAGAAUGGCAAAAU